AUGGAGGGAGUAAGGAAUGGAAGUCCAAAAGUUGAAUCCCUCGAAAAAGACUUGCGGGAGCGACUUCUGCCUGCGGACGAUGGUGAAGCUGGACAUUUCCAAGAGGAUGAAUCUGACUCUCCUGAGGAAAAAGACCGAUUGCAAACGGGGAUUCUGCAGGAUAUGCUUGAACAGGCUUCACUUGCGUGGCCUCUGGCUUUGAACCUGCUGGCCGCCUACUCCACCAGCAUUAUCAGCUCUUCCUUUGUGGGCCACUUGGGCACCAAGGAACUGGCAGGCGCCGCCCUGGGCAACUCCUUCACGGGCAUCACCGCACGCUACGUGUUGCAGGGGCUUUGCGGGGGACUGGACACACAGGCGCCCCAGGCUUUCGGUGCUGGCAACUACGGGGCUCUGGGUCCUAUCUUCAAGCGCACGCUGCUGUUCCUGUGGCUGCACUGCCUGCCCAUCACGGGGGUCCUGCUGGCGGCCCCACACCUGCUUCGAUACCUAAGCAGGGAGCACGAGAUGGCGGUCAUUGCCCACAAGUACAUUCUUGCGCUUAUUCCCGCCGUCUGGUUGGAUGCCAUGGCCAGACCUCUUAACCGCAUCCUGGUGGCCCAGCGCAUCACCAAGCCGCAGAUGGUCAUCUCCCUGAUCAUUGUGCCGCUACACGUCGCCACAACAUACCUGCUCAUGUUCCCUGCAGGACUGGGCUACAUAGGGGCCGCGCUGGCGGUGGGUGCCACGAACGGCUACAUCUGCCUGUUCACGUCCGCGUACAUCGUGUGGUCGGGUCUGGCGCACCGGGUGUUUGGAGGCGUCUGGUCUCAAGUGUUUAAGGGCUGGCGGCAAAUGGCGUCUUUGGCAUAUCCGGCGAUGGUGAUGCGGGUGGCGGAGAGCGCAGCCUUCAGCGCCAUGACCGUCAUCGCCGCAGCCCUGCCUGACCCUACGAACUCUGUUGCCGCCAUCUCAGUGGGAUUCAGCACCUGCGCCGUCAUGUACAUGCCCUUCAACGCCUUCGGCAUGACGGCAUGUACCCAAGUGGGCAACAAGCUGGGAGCAGGUGAUGGUCGUGGCGCCCGCACUGCAGCUGUGGCCUCGGCGCUGGUGGGUCCUCUGUUGUGGAGCCUGCCCGCUGUGGCCCUCAUAGAACCGCAUUGCCGGGACGUCGUCAUCUCCGUGUUUACGGACGACCGCAACCCCCGCUUCAUGUCCAUCCUCAACCCGCUGAUGCUGCUGGUGGCGGCGGUCAACCUCUUUGACGGAAUGCAGACCAUCCUGACGGGCGUCGUGGAGGGCGCCGGCAAGCAGUUCCACGGCUCCUACACCAACCUGCUGGUGUUCUACGGCCUCGCGGUCCCUCUGGCCCUAUGGCUUGGCUUCAGGAAGGAGCUGGGCGUGGUGGGGAUGUGGUCGGGUAUGCUGCUGGGCUCCGUGCUGCAGGCCAUUGCCUACAGCAUCAUCGUGGCGCUCAUCCGUUGGGACACGGAGGCAGAGCGAGUCGCAAGAGCGCAAGCACGACCGUAG